ACCUCUGGUCUGAAUUUUGUUUUACGUUCACUUUGGAAAUUAUACAUCUAAUUUAUUUGCUUGCUUCACUCAGAGGUUGAUUUAAAUUAUCCUUUAAUUUAACAGUCAAAAUUACUGGCAUCAAAACUGGUCCCAUUAUCGCGACAUCGAUCCAACGCGAGUAUUUCAAUUCUUACAUUAAUCAACUGUAUAUACAUAAUAUUUAUGUUAUUUUCCUGCGGGUUGCAAGCUAUUCUUCAAUAUAACAGCCUCUUUAAAAUUAACAUUGAUUACAUACCCAAAACAGUAUUGUAGCCUUGGUACAUUCCUGAUUUUUGCUGCAUUGACGCAACAUCCCAAGUCAUCAUGCCACCUAAAGAUGCCGAGCUGGAAGUCCUCAAGAAGGAACUCAACGACUCCAUCGCAAAGAUUCGGGAGGCGCAGAAGGCGAAGGCGGACGUUACGCUGGAAUCUGCAUGCAGCGGCGUCGAACCAGCGCCCAAAAUCAAGCUCGUCUGCAAACGCCUGCUGAAAGGCCACAUCAAUAAAGUGAACUGCGUGCAUUUCUCCGGAGACAGCAGGCACCUGGUGUCGGGGUCCCUGGACGGCAAGCUCAUCAUCUGGGACAUCUACACCGGCAACAAGACCCAGAUCAUCCCACUCAUGUCGGCCUGGGUCAUGUCUUGCACCCUCUCGAAAACCGGCAACUUUGUCGCCAGUGGCGGCAUGGACAACCAAUGCACCGUGCACGACCUCAACAACCGCGACAACACCGGGGCCGCCAAGAUCGCCCGCGAGCUCAUGGGGUACGAAGGCUUUUUGUCAUGCAGUCGCUUCAUCGACGACGAAAAUCUCCUCACGGGUUCCGGUGACAUGAAAGUCAUCCACUGGAACAUCACCACGGGUGACAAAGUGCACGAGUGGUUCGGCCACUCGGGGGACGUGGCGACCAUGUCGCUCGCCCCCGACUGCAACACUUUCCUGACGGGGUCUGUAGACCGCACCAUAAAACUCUGGGACCUGCGGGACCCUAAAGACUGCAAACAAACAUUUUGGGGACACAACUCCGACGUCAACAGCGUCUGUUUUCAUCCAUCGGGCACCUGUUUCGCAUCGGCUUCUGAAGACAAGACUUCUCGUCUUUGGGACAUCAGGAGCGACCAACAGGUGGCUGAGUACAAGCCUCCGACUGCUAACUCUGGCUUCACUUGCUGCGGCCUCUCUAAGUCAGGACGGUAUCUCUUCAGCGGCUCCGAUGACAACCAAGUCCACAUCUGGGACGUGCUCAAGACCACGCAUGUUGGCACCAUGCAGGGGCAUGAGAACCGCAUCACUUCUUUGAGCGUGGCAGACGCGGGCUACGGCAUCGCAACCAGCAGCUGGGAUAUGAACGUCAGAGUCUGGGGUAUUUAAGGCAGCUCCUGUUGGUGAGGUGGUAAUGGGAUACUUCAUGAUGUUGCGUUACGUUAGUCUUGAUAUUAACGUCAGAGUCUGGGGUAUUUAAGUCAGCUCCUGUUUGUGAGGUGGUAAUGGGAUACUUCAUGAUGUUGCGUUACGUUAGUCUUGAUAUGAAGGUCAGAGUCUGGGGUAUUUAAGGCAGCUCCUGUUUGUGAGGUGGUAAUGGUAUGUUCCUUGGUGUCGAAUGUGGAUUAACGUCAGCUACACGAACAUGGGAUAGAAUGAAUAACUCUGCAAUAGUCUUCUCUCUUGCUCAAUGCCAAGAAAAUGUGUACCAGGCUUGGUCAUCAUGACCGGAUCCUCAGAUUCUGAUACCUCUUGUCUGCAUAGGAGUAUUCAAAUCCAUUGGUUUUGUUGAUAGCGGAAAUCUGGGGGGUUAAAACACACUUGUUUUGGCACCACCAAUUGUUUACAUUUGUCAUCGUUCACACACUAACGUUAAGAAACCACAGCAUUUUUUUAGCUGAAUGGUGUAAUCAGAUUAUGAUCUUACUUUGCAAGAAUAAGUAUACCAUGUGAUCAGAAAAAUAAAAGCUCACAUUUUUUCUGUUGUCUAUCAGGAGAAAGUAAUAUAAAGUUAGUAAGCCUGACAGUCGUCCUGCAUAAGUAAGUUUGCCACGGUGAUGAUUGGCAAGACUUACUAGUGUAAUAAUAAUUGUUUCUCUAGCAUUUAGGCAUUGGUUUGGUAAAGCAAUUUAAAAUGUUUUAAUUGUAAGUUGAAAUUAGCAUUAUACUAUUUUUAUCUUAUUAUACCAGUGCUUGGCUGCUUCUGUUGUUGAAAUUAAUUGCAUGUUUAAUCUUGACUGAGAAAAAAAAAAUUUCUAUUAGUUAUUCUUCUCAUUUAUCUGGAAACUUUUUUGUGAUAUUGAACUCGUGAAAUCAGUAAUGAGUAGCAUAGGCUGGUGUGCGAAAAUCUCUAAUUAUUUGCAUAGUUAUUUGUUUCCUGAAUACCUCUUAACUCUCCUUGCAUAACUUGACAAUUAUUAACCGUUUGUUUUAAAUCAAUUUAUUUGUUUUCUUGCGGGUUGUAAGUACUUUCAAA